GGAAUCAGACGGUUGGUGCUCAGCUUUUUUCUUCCCGGGAAUUGCGGCUCGCAUUGUUUUCUAGUUGUGCCACAUCAGUCCGUAGCUGUUAUUUCAGUGAAAUCUGCCCGUAGUGUAGCAAUUUAGGGAGCGCCUGGAACUCAUUCGACUGAGAAAUAGAUUGGUCUCAGUCGAAUGACGUGGUGAUGACGUCGUUCGCUAUUUGUCUCAGCCCGAUCACCUGGCACGCCCGAGCCAGGCUCCUUUCUCCCCCGCACAAAGCCCUAUUGGGCCGAAUACAAUCCAGGCCCUUUGUUCUGUUGUUAUUUGUAGGUUGUGGGCCCUUUUGGGUUGAUUGUCCUUGUUGGGCCUUUUUGACUAAAAGCAGAAAAAAGACAAAAGAAAGCCCGGGCCCCGCUGUACAGGAGCAAAAAAGCUCUGUUGCUUUUUGUUCCUCCCUGUUCUUCUCCUGAUCGCAGCACAUGCCCCAGCCCCCAUCCACGAAAAUCACAAACCCUCAACCCCAACCCACCCACUCCUCCUCCUUCCUCCUCCAGCCCUAGCCGCCAGGGGACACACCUUUCCCCUCCAAAAUGGCAAUGUGAGCAGAGGAAGGAAGCUUGUGAGCAGAGGAAGCCGCCAGGGCACACACCCACCCACUUCUCCUCCUUCCUCCUCCAGCCCCAGCCGCCAGCCCCCAUCCACGAAAAUCACAAACCCUCAUCGCAGCACGCAAAAACAUGGAUGCAGGAAGAGAUCAGAGGGCACAAAGCACUCACCAGGCUGUUCUUGAUGCUUAUGGAGCUUCUCUGUUUGGUUCUCAGAAACACAGGGGGGGGGGGGGCAAGAUACCCAGCAGCAACAGUGGCUGACUUCUGGUGCUUGGAACCAAGGGCUGCAUCAUACACACCCCUGGAUGCAAAAUCAGAUGCUUCCUCAUGCUUCUAUGAACAGAACACAAGGGAAUGCCCUGAACAUUCCAGUGAGUGCAGCUAUGUAUGGUAUCUUCAAUAGUCAAGGCAAUACACAGGUAAACUUGCCUGUGAACCUGGGUCCACAUACUUCAGUGGGUGACUCCAACCUAGUGUGUACUGCGCUCCAACCCCUUGCAAACAAAGUCGCUUAUGAAGCCCCCAUGUCAUACACGCAACUCCUACUUGCUGCUGAAGAAGAGGUUCUCUACUAACAUACUCCUGUUUGCUUGUCGUGGAUAAAAACUGUAUUAACUUACAAAAAUAAACCCAAAAAAGAAAAAAAAAACAUCAAACAAACAGAACUAACUAGAGCUGUUCUAAUUUUCAGGGUGCUAGAUAUGCAUCCUCACAAUCGCAAGUAGAUUGCCUUGUUCGUACUGAGAACGAUAUGUACAUGAUAACUGGGCGAUACAGUAGAUCUUCAGAAGAUCCAUUACAAGCACACACUGGGGGUGGAGCUCAGCAUAUAUCUGGAGUCGAUGACCAACAUGAUAUAGAGCUUGAACCUUUUGUUGACAACCGUUUUUCAGAAAGCUUGAAUGAUUUGAACUGGGACAAUGAAAUGCAGACAGAAGCAGGAGGAAUCAAAAACGGCUCUAUGGUGUCAAAUGAGAUUGCUUCUGACAAUGAUUCUGAUUCCGAGGAUGAUCAUUCUCCAGUGUUGUUGCAAAAAGCCUCUGAGAUUACUGUUACAACUGCUGGAGAAGAAGAAAACAGUGGUGCAGCUGGCGAAGUUCAAAAAUUAACACAGGAUGAUAUACUGAUAUUCCUUGAAAAUGACAGUAUAGAAGCCGCUCAGAGUGCUAGCCAAGAAGUGCGCAGCCAUCACGUACCCCAUGUGGACAUGGUCUUUGAUACAGAUGAUGCAGCUUACAACUUUUACAAUGAGUAUGCCUCAAUUGCUGGUUUUUCUGUGAUCAAAGCAUCUCGAUAUUGUGGCAAGAAACAAGGAGGCAGUGCAGCAACUCGGGUAACUUUCAAGUGCAAUCGGUCAGGAAGAGUAAUUGAUGAAGAAGAACAAGAGAAUAGGAAGAAGAAACGACGUGACACAAGGCAACAGAAAACAGGACAAGAGCCCUAUCGCAACGCAAGGAAGAAAAAAGCAAACACCAUUGCAAUAACAGGGUGUAAAGCUCAGCUCAUUGUCACCAAGAAGGAUGAGAAGUGGGUGAUAACAACCAUAAACCUACAACACAACCAUGAUUUGAGUCCUCACACAGAAGUGAAAUACCUUCGUUCUCAUAACUACAUGACAGAGGAGGAGAAACUCCUAAUCCGAACUUUCAAUGCUGUGAAGCUACCAACAAGACAAAUAAUAGCAAUCCUAAGUGACUUGAGAGGCGGGAACACUCCUUACACCAAAAAGCAUGUAAGCAAUGUUAGAACAGCCAUUGGCAAAGAGAGCAAUCAAGAUGACAUGAUGCAGGUGCUAACAUAUUUCAGGAAGAGACAAGCUGAAGAUCCACAAUUUACUAUGCGUUCAAAACAACUAAAGUCUCUGAUGACGCAAGUAAAGUUUUGUGCAUUUUCUGGGCUGACGGGUAUUCUAGGAAAAUGUACGAGCUGUACGGAGACUGCCUCAGCUUCGACACAACAUUCAAGACAAACAGAUACAACCUCCCAUUUGCUCCCUUUGUUGGUGUCACAGGACAUGGCCAGAACUGUUUGUUUGCUUGCUCUAUCAUAGAGAAUGAAACAGCUGACACCUUUCAAUGGUUGUUUGAGACAUUCUUGCAUUGCAUGGGUGGGAAAUCUCCGUCCACAAUCAUAACAGACGAGGAUGCUGGGAUGAAGACAGCUAUCCCUUUAGUUUUCCCGCAUAUCUGCCACAGGCGUUGUUUGUUUCAUAUUAAAAAGAAGGCUGAGGAAAAAUGUACUAGGACUUUUGCAGCAAAUAAAACACUGCAUGAUGAUUUCAGUGACAUCAUUCACAACUCUCUGACGGUGGCUGAGUUUGAGCAAUUGUGGACAGAGAUGAUCCAGAGAUACAACAUUGGGCAUGUGAAGUAUUUCCAAAUCAUGUGGAAGAAAAGGAAAAGGUUUGUCCCUGUGUAUUUCAAGACGGACUUCUUCCCCUUCAUUCACUCUACUGCGCGUAGUGAAGGCACCAACGCCAUUUUCAAGGACAACAUCACGUCAACUCACAAUGUGAUCAGCUUCCUCCAAGAGUACCAGAAGAUUUCAGAAACCAUACAAGAUAAGGAGAGGGAGCAAGACUCUAUCACAAGAACAACUUCGCCGACAUUCUGGGCACGAAGUGAGCUUGAGAUACAAGCUGCAAAAAUGUACAACAGAAAGAUAUUUUACAGAUUCCAAAAGCAUAUAAAGUUUGUGCUGAAUUUGCAUGUUGAAGAGGUUGAGAGAAAUGUGAAAUAUGAAGUCUACAAGACACCAAUGCUAGCUGAAAAGGAUUUCAGAACGCGAAGAUUUGUUGUGAUUGUGAACUUGCAGCAACAGUUGUUCAGUUGUAUCUAUGGGAAAUUUCAGAAAGAUGGCAUUGUGUGUUGCCAUGUCUUGAGAGUCCUUUCUCAUCUCAACAUGCCUGUGCUGCCAGAAAAAUAUUACAUAGACAGGUGGAGGCCAAAAAAUACAAAGGACAUACGGGACAUCCGUUUCAAUGUUCCUUUGGAACUAACUGCUGGAAGUCAACACUUAAGGUAUACCCUUCUAUCCAACAGGCUCAAUGAGAUGGCCUCGGACGGUGCAUCAACAAACAGAAAAUAUCUGUAUGUUGUAGCAGAAUGUGAAAGGGUGCAACAAAGGUUGGAUGAGAUGACUAAAGAGGAUGAACUUGCAGAAGCGCAACAAGCAAAUGUUGACAAGGACACAACAGAGACUGAUGCAGCACCGCAUCCUGAUGGUUAUGGAGACAAACUUCAAGAUCCUGAUGUUGCAGUGUCAAAAGGGCGUCCACAAAAAGGACGUUACAAAACUUUCAUGGAAAGUUUGGCAUCUAAACAGAAAGUCACAUGCAGUCGGUGUGGGAAGCCUGAUCAUUAUAAAAGUUCUUGUACUGCAAGUACUGAAGAUGUCAAUUUGGCUCAGAGAGAGAAAGUCAGUCGCAAACAAACCUCAGCCUCAUCUGGGACAUCUACGGGCAAGCAACCAGCUGGUGCAAACCCGAGGAGGAAGGCAACAAAAGAAAAAUGAAAAUUUGGGUGCUGGAAGUUCAAGAAGGCAAAAAAAUAUGCAAGUGAUGACUGGAAAAAUGUAAAUGCACUCAAGUUUUGGUUGUUUGUUGAGCCACUGAACAAAAAACAAGAAGGAACUAUGAUUGUUCA